AUGAAUUUUUAAAUAAUUCAAACAAUCACAUUUUACUUUUUCAUCUGGGUCAUCAAACCCAUUGCAAAUGUAGGAUUAUCAUUGACUUACUAUUCAGCCUACAUAGCAAUCUAUUUAACAGACUAUGUACUUUCAUUAUUUGUCAGAGAAUGCGAAUCAAGAAAUCCAACUAUUUUCUAUAAACUUAGGAAAAUUCUUAACAAACACAAACCCUAUUACGGAGUAUAUACCGAAGCAAGUAAUAUAUGAAAUUAUCAAUUCUAUAGCUGACAUCAUACUAGCCUAAGGGUAUAACUUUGAAAGCCAUAAAAUAAUUACGGAAGAUGGCUACAUCCUCACAAUUUGGAGAAUCUACAAAGAUGUAACUCAUCCGCAUCCACAUCCCAUCAUUAUGCAACAUGGACUAUUGGAUAGUUCAUGGUCUUGGUUCAUCAACAAUGAUAAAAAGCUCACCUUGCCAUACAUCCUGGCCGAUUUAGGCUAUGACGUAUGGCUUGCAAAUAACCGGGGUAACAAAUAUAGUAUCGGUCAUACUAAAUUCAAAAGUGUAAAUUACAAUCAACAAUAUUGGGAUUGCUCCUUUGACGACUUAGCCAAAUACGACUUCAAGGCCAUAGUGUUAUAUGUGAAGAAUAUUACUCAAAGAGCAAAAGUGAUCUAUUUGGGCCACUCUCAAGGUACUACCCAAGCCUUUGCUUAUCUCUCAAACAACAUUGAAUUUCAAGACCACCUUAAAUGUUUCAUUGGACUCGGCCCAGCCAUGUUCAUUUCGAAUUUGGUACUCUCUUUCUUUUCUAUUUUAGAGAUCAACUUUCAUAUAAUGUGCUAUUAAGUUUUACAUAUUUGAAAUCAUCUAUUACUUGGGAAUCCCCUAUUUCUUUGUUUUUGAUGAUGGUUUUAAUGUCAAAAUAGGAGCACUUUGUUAUAUGAUUCCAUUUAUAUUCAGAAGCUUCUUCUUUGAGAUCACCAAUUAAUUGUGUGGUUUUCCUUAAAAGAAUAAGAUCGAUUUGAAUCGUUUCGGCAAUAUGGUUGCUCAUGAACCUGGAGGUUCAUCAUCUAAAAAUAUCGUAUAAUGGUAAUGAUUUAUUAAUAUAUUAUUCUAGGAUGUAAUUCUUCAGAUCAAAGCAAUUGCAAUACUUUGAUUAUGGAGCUAGUUAGAACUUGGCAUUGUAUGGAUAAAGAGAUCCUCCUCCAUAUCCAGUGGAUAAUUUGAAGAACUUUACUAUUCCCAAGUACUUUUAUUUGGGAACAAAGGAUGUCAUCACAGACACGGAUGAUUUGGGUAAGAUGUUAAAUAAGUUGGAUUAAACUCAUAUGAAAGUAGAGUUCAUAGAUGAUUAUGCUCAUUUGGAUUAUGUGUGGGCAGUUGAUGCUCAUGUUAAAUUGUAUCCUUCGAUAUUAAGAAAUAUCAAGGAAAAUUAAAAUUGAUCAGAAGAAUGAUUAAAUUUAAUUAA